GCCAAAUUUACUGUGAAGAAAUCAGAAGAGGAAGAAGAUGCCUCCAAAGACGCUUACAUCAUCGAGUGUGAAGGAAUCGGGAUGGCAAAUCCGCAUCUCUAGGGUGUUUACCUAAGCGGUGCCUCCAUGUUGCACUAACUGAUUUUAUACCUGCUGCAACACAGUGAAUAAGAAGUAAGAUAUUUCAGGACUGAAUUUGGAGAUGAAGUAUAGUAGUUUCAGCUGCUGACAGUGCUUCAUCAUGUUCCUCUCGAAUAACUUCCAAGAUACAAACUGGAUGGACAUGACAAUAAAUUUCAAUAUUAAAGUAUUGAAAUCAAAUGUUGUUUACACUCCAAGUAUGUGCCGCUACUUGUCUCUUUUUUUAAUGUAAUAAACUAAACCAGGGACAUA